AUCAGAUUAUGAGAAGCUAUGGGAGACAGGAGACAGGCAGCCCGCCGCACGAUGCGUUCCGUCCUCGUCGUCCUCGCGCUUUGGGACGCGGGAGCUGCGGCGGACCUCGCCGCCCUCGCCCCGCUCGCCCCGGAGGAGCAUGCUCCCGCCGUCAAGCGCAGCGCGGAGAGGGCAGCCAAAGCGUCGCGGCUACUCGCGGAUCACGGUCAUUUGCUUCCCCCCGACCUGCGCGAGAAGGCCCACGACCUCUUGAAUGAGCACGACUUCCGCGUGCACGCGGCGCUCGACAGCGCGAGGCCGGGCCCGGCGCUCGCGGCUAUCCAGAAGAAGGAAUCAGGGUACCUCAAGGCCUUCCAGAAGCUCGGCGGGGAGAGAGCGGCGACGAAGGCGAAACAGCUGCCGAAAGACGAAGAGCGCAGAAAGCUCCGCGCGACGCGCGACGUGCUCCGAGCGGCGACGGGCCUCGACGCCGAGGAACCGGUCUGGGGUGCGCCGUUCCGCGCCCUCGAAGAGCUGUUUGGCGAUGGCCACGCGCCGAUGGAGGCGCUCGGCGUCAGUGCCAAGUUCUUCGAAGACGGAACGGCUCUGACGCGGCGGUACCACGUCGCGCUGCAGCCGCCGUGCGACUGCUGGACCUUCGGCCGCGAGGCGGUCGUCGAACAAGCGAGAAACGUCGCCGAAUCCCUCAAAGCGCCGCCGCUCGUCGAAGCCUGGCUCGAUUCCAUCGCGGCCGACGACACGGGAAAGCUGCCGAGCGUCGGCUUCGGCGUGUCGGCCGAGGAUGGCGCGUGCAAGCUCUACGUCCUGAACUAUGGCGGCAACGAACUCCCGCCGCUGCCGCUCGUCGAUUCGUUACCGCAGACCGCGCGCAAGCCAGACCGCGCGCCGUCGGUGCUGGUCUCGGUCGAGUGGAAGUUCGGCGACAUGAAAACUCAACAGAUGCGCCAGUACGCCGUCGAAGCUGCCGAGGGCGACGUGGCCGUGGCGCGGCACACGCAGGACGAGCGCUUCGCCGGCGACGAGCUCGUGGCGGCGCUCGACGGCACGUUCGGGGUCAAGCAGAGCGAGGACAUCGCCGUGACGGCGCCGUUUCAAUACGUCGGAGACACGACGCCGCCGCUCGUCGCCGCGCCGCUCUCGAAGUCGGGCCUCAAGCUGAAGCGCCAGGAUGGCGGCAUCGACUCGAACGCCGAGACGGAUGCAAAACUGGCGGCUCUGUUGAAAGACGCGGCGCCGGGCGCCGGAGCUUGGCUAGAUAAGUCGCGCGUCAUACGACACGCGCUUUCCAACGUCCAGUUCGGCGAGGGCUUCGUCACGUUGUACAGACACCCGACGGUCUUCGGUUUCGUGGACCCGUCCUCGGCGCCGCAGCACCUCGCGCUCCGAAACGCGCUCACUAAAAAUACGCACUCGUUGCGCCGGCGGCUCUCCGGUCUCACGGCGUGCGACCAGGCCGAGGAAGACUUUAUCGACCGAGCCGUCAGCGACGCAGCGUUUGUGUGUGUUGCCUUCGAUUUGUGGAUUGUUGUGGUACGUCGUCUGCUCGAUUGCGUGGAGUCAUGCCUCGUCGGUCGCCGAGCACCCGUCGACGCGACGCACUCGUUCUCUGACACACAGGUCUGGGGCAGCAACCCGGACGACUCGACGUGCGCGCAAGAUGGGAAGAACCCCGCGAACGCGGGGAUGUGCCCGCAAUCGUGCCAGGACGACAUCGCGUGCAUGAUCGCGGCGUGCUCCGACUGCGCUCUCGUGGACGCCGUCUGCGACGAGCCCGUGGAUCUCGGUGCGCAUCCCAGCCUGGCGAGCGGGGACCUGCGGUUCCAGUACAAGGCGCCCGUGGUCAUGGCCGGCGCGGACGGCUCCAAUCGCGACAACAUCGAGGGAGACUGCCACACGUACGUGGACCAAAGCGACAUCGUGCAACCGCUCGGGCGCAAGAGUCUCGAGGGCCAGCUGGAGGACGACGUGCAAUGCAAAGACAAACACCAAGACGACAUAGACUUUGACUGCUGGGUCGAGAGCGAUCAUAACGACGCAGGCACGGCCACGAUCGUCUGCGAAGGCUGUUCGCCGGACGGGACACAAUCCGGCUUCGAGGCUGCGAUGGCGACGUUCUUCCAGAAUCUCGUCGCGAGCACGGGCGGUCCGUGCAGCUUCGAUGCGGCUGCUUCCCUGACGUCGCUCGCGGGCGCCACCUCCAACGUUCAGUCACGGUACAGCGACGUCGACGACGCCAUGGUUCCGGACAACAAGAAACUACAAAUGCCCUACGGCGACAGCGGGCUGUUCGAGACGAUGAAUCUCUGGGGCCCCGAGGGCUGCCGGUACCCCUACUACGGCUUCCUGCCGGACGAACCGCUCUGCAAAGACUGUUCGUCCAUGGCCCAGGCAAAGGAGGACGUGCUCAAUGGCCUGUGGGACGGACCGUGCAAUGAUGAUGAUCCGCGGGGGGACGACGACUCGCUGCCGCUGCCGCCGAACUACCCCGGCUGCGGCUGCGACUGCGCGGACUUCCUUCGCCGCGACCUUUCGACUGCGUGCACGGCGACGUCCUGUAUCAAUGUCGCCCAACAGUACGCGCCCGCCAACUCCGUUUGUGCCGGCUCCGACUUCAAGUGGGACACUACAGCCGCCGGGUGCACCGAUCUCUACGGCACCGGGACGCAGUUCGACUCGACGUGGUCGGGUCACGCGUGUCUGGACUCCACGGGGGCCACAACGGUAGUCCAGGAUGCCUCCGCGACGUGCUACCAGACACAGGCCUCGAUCUCUGAAGCAGAUCUGGUAGACUACAAGGCGAACCCGAAACAAUGCGCUGUUAAGCCCAUCUACGAAGAAGACGAUGACGACGCAGACGGCGGCUCGGAGCUCGUCAUGUCCGGCGGCCUCGUCGCGAUCGGCCUCACGUUCACGGGAAUCACCAUCGCGGCGAUCGCGAAUGCGGUCCAGGAACAAUGCGCCCUGGGCCCCACGAUCGUCUACGAGGCCGGCACGACGCACCCCUACUACAUCGGCCCCAACCUGUGCACCAUCGGCGCCCACACGUACGCCUCCAAGAAUACAGUUAGAGACGCCUCGCCGCGCAAGGUUUGCCGCAAGUUUUGCGAGGCAGCUUCAGAGAAGGGGGAACUUGCACUGAAGCACGUCCAGGGCCUGACGUGCUACUGCAAAAGGAAGUAGCAGCCAGUGGUGUAAUGUGUUUUUGCUUGUG